UUCACCACAUCGCAGCACUUGAGUUCAAAGAGAGCCGGGCCAGUUCACCUUCACUUCACCUCCAUCAAAACGCAGCCUGCAGGGCCGCAUAUGGCCAGCGCUGUGCAUAGUUCCCUCGCCCUGAGACCCUGUUCUGACGCCAGUUCACCACAAGCACAAAGCGGUGUCGUCGUAAGGGGUUCACACCCCUGUUCGCACUCCCGUUGUACCUCUGACAGCUGACAUCUUCGGGGUUGCGCCUGCGGAUUGACAACUGUCGGUCGAGGACAUGAGGGUCAAGGGCGCAUGUGAAGCUGAAGUCAGCGUGCACAUAGUAUUCCGGCGUUGAUGUCAAGCAGGACUGGGUGCGCAUAUAGUGGCUGAGGUUGAGGGGGACCGGGAAGGAUACUGACGGCCCCCGCCCUCAAGCUGCCGUAACCCCCCACUCGAAGGAACAUGACACAAGGCACAAGGUACUGGCCUGACCUGGAGCCGAUGCACCAGGGACGCUGCCUUGUUGGCCAGGUGUUUCCUGUUGUUGUCAACAUUCUGUAUGCUCGUUGUCAGUGUGUUGGCGCGUCCGGCGGCACUGUGCAGAGACGACUCCUGUCCUCCUAGAUACAGGUGGAAAGCACCCCUGGUGGAAAGGCAACAAGGGCCUAGACAAGCAAGGUGGCUCUCCAUCUCCAGGGGACGGUGGGCUGCGCCCACGGCAUGUUGAUGCAAUGUCUGAGGUCCAAGGGCUCGAAACUACCUCAUCUCCCAGACAUGUCAUCCCAUCCACCUUCCUCGUAUGGCCUCGGCCGUCGCCUUCGCCGGCUUGAGCGGCUGGCGGCGCUGCUGGGCGUGCGAACGGCUCUCUGGCUGCAGGAGGCCCGUCUGGCGGUGGUGGCGGCAAGCCCGGCGGCUGCGCUUGCGCGGCAGCAGGGGUGGGCUCAGGCCCCGAUGGGGGUGGUGGCGAGCACGGCUACGGGACCAUCUUGUCCGCGGCGGCACGUCACGGCCUUGCUGGCUGACCGAGAUGAGGCCCCCAGUCCGAGCCUUACCUCCGAGGCGGUCCUGCAGCAGGCGCUGUGGAGGCGCGUGACCAGUACCGUACGCAGUAUGCAUGCUGUCGUGGCACUGGGCGUGUCCUGAGCCUUGAGUUCCCUCCAUGGUGACGUCAGCGCCCGGGAGCGAGACUGUGUGGCGGACGGUGGCCCUCGCUUGUGCCCAUGGGGCCUGGUGCCGCAGCUGCUCGAGGUCGCGGCAUGCGCGGACGCGGAGCUGCUACGGACGCGGCUAGUAUGCUGACCCGGGUUUGCGGCGUGUUGGUGCGUGUGUGCCUGUGUUUGGUUGCGCGCCGGCGUGGUUCCCGUAUGGGUGUGCGAUGGGACAGGGUUUAGGCAGGUUGGCGAGGUCCCGUAGGGUGCAGCUGAAGCCCAUACCCCAAGCAGACGGCAAACAGUUUGCAGCGGCGUGGUUCCGUAUGGGAGCUGGUCUGCUUUGUUGUGCAGUCCGAGAGCUCGGCCGCUUGGUCCAGUGCGCGUGUGUGGCGGCCGGUUAGCUGCUGCCUGUGUGCCCCGGCUUGCGUAAGGCCCGUGACCCGGCUUGCUGUGUAUUGUUGCGUGCGUGCCUGCGCUUGGUCGUGCGCCUGCGCCGCACAGGACUUCGGUUGGGUGUCGGUAGCUGCGGCGAGUGGGAGCUGGCAGUUGUACGGCGGGCCGGCUGGGAAGCUGCCGAGCCAGGGGCAUGAACACGGGUCGUUGGCGCGAGUUGGGUAGCUGUACGGGUGGGAGCUGACAGUUGCGCGGGAAGCCGACUGCGAUGCCACAGGAGCGCACGGGUGUACGGCACAGCACAGGAGUCAUUGGCGCUAGUCGGCGGUUGCGCGAGUGGGAGCUGGUAGCUGCGCGCGGAGCCGUUUGGAAAGCCUCGUGUGAGCUGCGUGUCAAUUUAGAUGGGAUGCAUGGGGCUGCGCUUUUCCCAUCAGCGACAUCUGGGCUGCACACGGGGCACAUGUGACUGCGGUGACCGGCGCAGCGGGGGCGCCAGCCAACCCGUGCCGCGCCGAGGGUGUAAGGGGAGCUUCGU